AUGAAGUCGGAGCCGGACGUGCGCGUCGAGGACGGUUAUGAGAUCAAGUUCUCCAUCGACGAUCUAGCGGCCAAGAAGACGCCCGAGGGGUGGGAAGGCAUUCGCAACUAUGUUGCGCGGAAUAACCUCAGGGGGAUGCGCAGGGGCGACAAGGCCUUCUUCUACCACUCCAACUGCAAGGAGCCCGGCGUAGUGGGCAUCAUGAGCAUCGUCAAGGAACACUCCCCAGAUUGGAACGCCUGCAUCAACGACAAUCCGUACUACGACGCCGCCGCCCCUCACGACGGCAGCCGUUGGAGCCUCGUCCACGUCAAGAUCGAGCACAAGUUCCCGCGCAUCGUGCCGUUGAGCCUGCUCAAGGAGUCGCGUGGUACUACCGGCCCGCUGCGGGACAUGGAGCUGCUGAAGCAGGCUCGGCUAAGCGUCACCAAGGUCACGCGCGAGGAGUGGGACGAGGUCAUCCGCAUGGCUCGGGAGCGAGACGAGGACGGCGAGUGGGACAGGACCGUCGAGGAGUCCAAGAAGUUUCCCAACUACUCGGCGGCGUGA